AUGUAUCCCACGCUCAUCGCAGUCGCCCUUGCUAUGACCAGCAAAACUCUCGUAACAGCGUCUCCCCAAUCCAAGCCUCCCUGCACCAAACUCGUCCUCCCCACAAAUUUCUACGGCAUCACCAACACUUCCCCAGCCGGCACACUCGACUACGGCCCCCACAAACCCGACCCCUACUUCGACUUCCAAGUCUCGCAAACCAGCGACGGCGGACAAGGUCUCCCUCAAGAAUCCGACCUAAUAGCGACCUACACGACCCUCCCCUGCAAAUCCACCGAGCAAUACCAACUCGAAUUUUACUUCGACCCGAUCUCCGACUACAGCUACAGCGGGCCCAACACACGCAUCGACAUCUGGCGCGUCGACGGCAACAUCCCCCGCGACAAGAACGGCAAGGGCAAGCCGACCUGGAACAAUAUUGGGCAGUUUGCGGAGAUUUAUGUGGGGGGGUUCAAGAUGCCGAGUAGUGAGGCGGAGCAGAAACCGACGAGUUUCUUGGUGGGGAAUUUUCUGUGUAAGAGGGAGACGAGCUUUAGGGUCAGUAUUGCGAAUAGUAAGGAUGGGAAUCCGGAGUUGAGUGGGAGUGUGAGGUAUCCGCAGGAGUAUGCGGGGGCGAAGGAGACGGGGCUGAGGGUUAGGUAUAAUUGGAAGUGCUAG